AUGAGAAAAAGAACUGCUAACUAUUUUAUUCUUUUUUUUUUGGGUGCAAAGCGAUUAAUAAAUAACAAUGUACAUCUAAGUAUAACUCGAAUAACGAGAAGGCGCACUCAUGGAAAGACGAAGACAUACAAGUUAUAUACCUUCAAUAAGGAUAAAAUAAAUAUUGCAUCAUUAAAUAUAAAGAGGAAUAAAUUCCUUUGUGAUCAAGGCCAAAAUGAUGUAGAUUAUAUUUAUGGCUUAAAUUCGGUGUGUUCCGUUCUUAAGAAAAAUGAGAGAACCAUCAAUAGCGUCAUGAUAAACAGCAACAUCAAGUUAAAAAAAAAAACUCACAAACAAACAUAUGAAUACAUAUUCGAAACGAUAAAAAAAAGAGGUAUUGAAGUGAAAGUUAUGAGCAAGCACAAAAUGGAUGAACUAGUAGGUGGGUUUCCACACAAUAACAUAAUAAUGAGAGGGAAUUAUCGUUAUAUGAACAAUUACAAACAUUUUAUAAAAGAUAUAAGUAAUAAAACAAAAAACAAUAAGAUAUUUGUUUGUCUACAUGAUGUGUAUGAUAAUAUGAACAUUGGAAAUAUAUGUAGGUCAAUUUUCUUCUUUGGGGGGAAUACUAUAUUUUUAAAAAAAAAAAAAAAAGAAGGAGAAAAAAAAAAUAAAAUAAAAAUUGACACUCCUAUUCUUCAUUCUAGUGUUGGUGCCUCUGAAUUUUUGGAUUUCUUUCAUGUUAAUCAUAUGGCCAACUUCAUGAGUGAAAUGAAGCAAAACGGAUUUAAAAUUUACUCGACUGGCUGCCUGAAGGGUAACAGGACAAGCAACAAUUUAAUCGAGUUGAAAAAUGUUGAAAUAAGCAAAAGUGACAGAGUUUUAAUAAUAUUAGGUAACGAAUCCAAGGGGUUAAGUGAAAAUAUAAUGAACCAGUCAGACGCUAAUAUUUAUAUAAACAGUGUGAGUAAUAAUGAAAUUAUUAAUAAGGAUUUGCCAAUAGAAAGCGUCAAUGUAACUGUAGAUAGUCUUAAUGUAAACAAUGUAUGCUCAAUAUUGUUAUAUCAUUUUCUUUCUUAUUUGUUGUAG